UCAUUGGGGCGGCCCCAAGAAGGAGGAAGGAGAUGCAGGGUGUACCUUAAAGCAGCGCAGGUGCCAAGGCAGGCUGAGGACCCGUGCGCCCCGAGGUCAUGAAGCUGGGAUUCACCUGGGCUCUGCUGUCCCUGCUGGCAGGGCAAGGCUGGGCAGACACCCGCACCAUUGGGGCGGAGGAAUGUCGCCGAAACUCACAGCCCUGGCAGGCUGGUCUUUUCUACCGCACCAGACUCUUCUGCGGAGCGACUCUCAUCAGUGACCGCUGGCUGCUCACAGCUGCCCACUGCCGCAAGCCCAGGUACCUGUGGGUCCGCCUUGGGGAGCAUCACCUCUGGCGGUGGGAGGGUCCAGAGCAGCUGUUCCGGGUCACAGACUUCUUCCCCCACUCCGGGUUCAAUGAGGACCUCAGUGCCAAUGACCACAACGAUGACAUCAUGCUGAUCCGUCUGCCCAGGCGGGCACAUCUGGGUCCUGCUGUGCAGCCCCUCAACCUCAGCCAGUCCUACGUUUCCCCGGGCACUCAGUGCCUCAUCUCAGGCUGGGGAGCAGUGUCUAGCCCCAAGGUGCGGUAUCCACUCACACUACAGUGUGCGAACAUCAGCAUCCUGGACACCAAACUUUGUCACUGGGCGUAUCCAGGCCACAUAUCAGACAGCAUGAUAUGUGCAGGCCUGUGGGAGGGGGGCCGAGGCUCCUGCCAGGGUGACUCUGGGGGACCCCUGGUUUGCAAUGGGACCCUUGCAGGUGUGGUGUCUGGAGGCGCUGAGCCCUGCUCCAGACCCCGGCGCCCCUCUGUCUAUACUAGCGUACGCCACUACGUGGACUGGAUUCGAAAAACCAUAGAGGAAAAACUGAGCCCUCACGCUAAGGAGGACUGUGAGAGGAGGGUGGACGCGGACCAGGAGUUACUACAGGGCUCCAGCCUCAAUGGUCUCCGCCUUGACCUCCAGCCAUGCUGGAGACUAAGCCCCGGACGCUCAGGCUGCGCGCCCUCAGGCUCCGCCUCCGCGCUAAACCGCGAUGUAGCCACACCUCCUCGGAGCUGCGCAGGGACACGCCUCCGCCCCUCUCGGCCCUAUCUAUGACGUCACCGAGAACAGGCGUCAUCCCACGGAACUGCCCAACCAUGUGGCCCCGCCCCAUCGGACUUUACCCAAUGGGACGUCACUUUUGGACUCCGCCCCCUUGGGCCCCGCCUCCAUCGGAGAUCCCGCCCCCUGUGAUGUCAGGGGCACUAUAGCUCCGCCCACGUGGAAUUCAGACCCUGCUGGGCUCCGCCCCUCGCGGCCCUGCCCUGGGCGUGUCCUGGAUUUGAAUCCUGGCGCGGACCCGACGGGGAGGAGUUGGUGGUCUCCAUCCUUUCAGAGCCACUGGAUGAUUUUACAAUAAAGAGGGGAGCCGCGCCUUCCAUCUGCCUGCGCUGUGGAAUGAGGGGGGGCGCUGAUGGGUGGCGAAGGGUAUAUGAGGGCUCUGCCACCGAGUUGCAAUUCCCCCUUGAGGCUAGUAAGUCCUGCC